AUGGAGAAGAUCCAGCACAGUGAGGUGGAAGUGAAGGGACUGAGGCUGCACGUGGCAGAGAUUGGAACUGGCUCCAAGGCAGUGGUAUUCUUACAUGGAUUCCCAGAGAUCUGGUACACAUGGAGGCACCAGAUGAUUGCUGUGGCAAACGCUGGUUAUAGGGGUGUUGCCUUUGAUUUCAGAGGCUAUGGACUCUCUGAGCAACCAGUGGAGCCAGAAAGGGAAACCAUGUUUGAUUUGGUUCAUGAAAUUGUGGGUCUUUUGGAUGCUUUAAACAUCGCCAAGGCUUUUCUAGUUGGGAAGGACUUUGGUGCCAUCCCAGGAUAUCUUACAACUGCAGUGCAUCCAGAAAGAGUUGCUGGUAUCAUAACUUUAGGCAUUCCUUUCAUGCUUCCAGGUCCCUCUGCAGUGCAGAGCCACCUUCUGCUCCCCAAAGGGUUUUAUAUUACUAGGUGGCGGGAGCCUGGGAGGGCAGAAGCAGAUUUUGGGCGCUUUCCUGUGAAAUCCGUGAUAAGGAACAUCUACACUCUCUUCUCUAGAAGUGAGGUUCCAAUAGCAGCUGAGGAUCAAGAAAUCAUGGACUUGUUCAACCCAUCUACUCCUCUACCACCAUGGUUCUCUGAGGAAGACCUUGCAACCUAUGCAUCUUUAUAUGAAAAAUCUGGAUUCAGAUAUGCAUUGCAGGUUCCGUACAGGAGUAUCGAUGUGGAUGCUGGCUUAAGUGAUGUAAAAGUUACUAUUCCAUCACUUCUGAUUGUGGGUGAGAAAGAUUAUGUGCUCAAGUUUCCAGGCAUGGAGGACUAUAUUCGAAGUGGGGCAGUGAAAAACUUUGUGCCUGACUUGGAAAUAGUAUAUAUUCCAGAAGGAAGCCAUUUUGUGCCAGAGCAAAUUCCAGAGAAGGUGAAUCAGCUUAUCAUUGAGUUCCUUGAUAAACAAAGUAUCUGA